AUGGCUGCCAGCUUCUCUGUAAUAGCUAUUUCAGCAAUCCUGGCCGGACGGCUGAUGCUAAAGGUCAAAUCAUGUCCUUCUUUCACUGGCCCACAAGUCUUCAAUACACCCCUUUCUAUUUCUCACUUUUCGGCUUCAAAUAAUCGGCCCUAUCCGCCCGCCAUCAAUACGUCUAACCACAACGAAGGCCUUUGUACUUCGUUGGUCCAGGGAGGGUCAAACGUUGAUGCUGCGAUAUUUAUUCGGUCUAACUUAACUUGGCCUCCGCCUGAGGGUAUGCCAAUGAUAUUUUAUAUUGAGAUCAUGCGAAUUAGCAUGGUCUAG